UUAGAAUAGAGAGUACUUCCCUGUUGGGAGCACUGUGCUUGGUAUACCCAGGAGCACUUGUGAGUGGGAAAUGGAGUGCAGAGGAUGCAUGCAUGGGUGGGCUGGCUUGCCCUUUCGAGCGGAAACGCUUGAUUUCCCGCUGUAUCUUUGUGCCAUUCCCCUCCUCCAGUGAAGAGCUUUACCCGACCUGGAGCUGAGAGGUGCUUCUGACCUUCAUCCUCCCCCUCCUUCUUCCUGAAAAGGCUGCCGCCUCCACCACACUCAUUCAGAGGGCUGUUUUCCCUUUGCUCCUGGGCUGGGGGCAGAUCCCGCCCUUCCGCAGUCUCUCCGUGAUUCAUUAAAACCCACAAGAAUAGCGAACUGGCACAACAGAGGGCGUAGGGAAAGCAGGUGGGAACCAUAUUCAAAGAACUUGCAACUAGAUCUUAUUUAGUUUAAGUUUCAUUACGUUGCGUACAUAGAGAGUUUGCCUGUGUGUAUGUCUGUGCCCCGUCGCCGUGAGAUGCCCUUAGGAGCCAGAUCUCCUGAAAGUGAAUUUACAAACUGUUGUAAUCUGCUCAGUGUGGGUGCCGGAAACCGAAUCCGGGUCUCCUGCAAGAACAGCCAGUGCUCUUUAACUGCGGAGCCAUCUCUCCAUCCCCUAUUUGCUUGUUUAUGUAUUUAUUUGGUCUUUUGAAACGAGGCUUGCUAUGUAGCCAUGGCUGACCUGGAACUCACUCUGUAGCCCAGGCUGCCCUCAGACUUGAGAUGAUCCUUUCACCUCUGUCUCCUGAGUGCUGGGAUUUGGUUUAAAGCUGAGUCUUAGCCAGGACUGGAUUUGGCCCCUCCCCUCUAUUUCACUGUCUGUUGACUGCUGCCCCCUUGUGGUGAAAAUUUCUCUUUUCCUAGCGGUUCCCCUCGCUCUCAAGAGUUUUGUUUUCAGAGAGAAUGUCAACUUAUUACAGAGGAAAGGACUCCAAGAAUAGGAGGUCUCCAAGGGAGGGAUGCUUUCUUGAGAUAUUUUGCAGUCUAGGUCCCACAGUUUCCUCUUGGGUCCCCAGUCAGGGUUUCUGCUUCAGGAGCUGCCUUCUCUUUAGAUGAUGGUGGGGAUGUGUCUUCCCUUCCCUACUCCAUUUCAAGUCUUUCCUAGACAUCAGAUCUCUACAGUCAGUGACACCAGGGUAAUUGUCCCCUUAUAGUUCCUACAACCUUUUUUUGAGACAGGGUAUCAUGCACCCUUGAAUUCCAUCUGUAGUUGAGGAUGACAUUAGGUUAUAGGGAUGUAUCAUUACGGCCAUAUUUUGAGUUUAUGUGUGAGAUCAGUGUAUGUGUGUGCAGUAUAUGUGCCUGUGUGUGCACACACACAGAUAUGUGUAGAGGCCAAAGGAAGACACUGGAGGACAUUGAGUCCUGCUCUAUGCUCCUACCCCUUACUCUCCAAAGAGACAGGGCCUCUCACUGAACCUGGAGCUAGGCUGGUAGCUACCAAGCCCUAGCAAUCAUCCUGUUUCUGCAGCCCAUACCCUGGUGCUAGGAUUAUAGGAGUGCACUUGGCCAUGCCUGGGUUUACAUGGGUUCUGACGAGUGUACUUGGCCAUGCUUGGAUUUACAUGUGUUCUGAGGAUUUGAACUCAGGUUCUCAGGCUUAUGAAGCAUGUGAUCUCACCUGCCAAGCCAUCUUUCCAGCCUCCUACGCCAAGUUUUAUGCAAUGCUGGGUAUUGAACCCAGGCCUUCUUAAAUGUCAGGCAAACACUGUACCAGCUGAGCUACAGCCUCCCCCUUCCUGCCACUACGUAUAGAUACAAGGAGAAUCCUGGAGGCCACCACACGUGCUAGUGUCACAAUGGUAGACAUCAGGGGUGUGAAAAGUCGGCAUUUAGGGGAGGGACGGGAUUUAAACUUUCAUAGAUUGGCACUGACGACACAGAUUGGCUGCCCUGGCAGGAGCCAUGGCAGCCAGGAAGACCAGCCCAGCUGCAUGGACGUGAAGCUCUCAGACAUACCUGAGAGGUGAGUGUGUGACUGAAUGUCUCAGGCCUUCUUAUAGUGGUGCCGUAUGCUCCGUGAGUCAUACGAGAGACAUGGAAUAGAACCCAUGGCAGUCACUUAGUAUGUUCCCUGGCAGAGGACAGAUCAAAAGACGAACUGGAAGGGGAAUCUGAGUUCUCCAGCCGCUCGUGGCACAGAGCAGGAGCCUCCCAUGUAAACACAUCAUCACGGCACAGCGGAGUCGGCGUAGGAAUGGGAGGAGCUUUAAAAGGGGUUCUGGUUUCAUCUCUGCUGCUGUGAUAAAAGAUGGUGGCCGGAAACAACUUAGGGGAGGAAAGGCUGUGUUUCUCCUUCCAGCUCACAGUCCAACACUGAGGGAAGUCAGGGCAGGAUCUCAGGCAGGACUUGGAAGCUAAAACUACAGAGGAGCGCUGCUUGCUGGCACACUCACGGAGUCCUGCUUAGCUAGCUUUCAUUUAAAUUUGUGUUUCUGAAUUUGUGGAACCCGAAGGUUUCAUUUUGAUUUGGAAAAGAAGAAUUACAGCAUGAAAUGUACAGAAGAUAACAGAGCACAACUAAUUUGUUAUGUGAAUUAUAAGCAUAACUGUAGAAAAGGAAACGAAUAUGAACGUAUUACAUUUUAAGUGUAAUUCCUUGUAAACUACUUUCAGGAAAAAAAAAAAGAGCUCAUCUUGGCACGUAGAAAGGCAAUUUUGUGUAAAUGGGUGUUGUUCUUGAACAUACAUCUGAGCACCAUGUACAUGCAGUGCCUACAGAGGCCAGAAGAGGGCAUCGGAUCCCCUGGGACGGGAGCUACAGACCAUUUGGAGCCACCAUGUGGGUGCUGGGGACCAAACCCGAGUCUUCUAGAAGAGCAGCCAGUGUUCUUAACCAUUGAGCCAUCUCUCCUCCCCCACCUAGUUCUCUUAUACGGACCGGGACCACCUGACUGGCUUAGGGAUGGUGCCUCCCACCCUGGGCUGGACUCUUUUACAUCAAUUAGCGAUCAAGACAAUCUCCCACAGAGAUGCCCACAGGCCAGUCCGAGCUGGGAAAUCCCUCAACCGGGAUUCCCUUCUCAGAUGACUCUUGGCUGUGCUAAGGUGGUAGCUGUGAACUGCUCAGGGGCCUCGCAGGCCGCUAUCCAGAGAAGCUGUCCUUCGGUAUCAAAUGAGGAACAGCAAUUACACCACCCUUAGCUGGCCCUUCACUGAUUUCCCUAGCCCUAAUGGUCUCUAGGCUACAGCUAGACUCCGAGGAAGGAGUGGCCAUGUUCCAAACCUCAUUGCUUACUCUAACCAAACAAUAAUUGGAAAUGGUGGUGUAAAAGGGAGGUUAGUUUUUUCUUCCAAAAUCUCUACCACGAAGACCCUAGAGAUGCCUAUACUAUAAGUGACGUGGUGUGCUUAUAGCUGGGCAUGGUGGUGUACACCUUUAAUUGCAACAUUUGGGAGACAGGUGAAGGUUCAUGGUCAUCACCUACAUAGAGUUCAAGGCUAACAUGGGCUACGAGAGACUCUGUCUCAAACAAAACAAAACCAGAAAGCAAAUAUUGGGGCUGCAGAUGUAGCUCAGUGGUAGGGUACUUGUCCCAGCAUGUGCUGGGUCCUGGGUUCUAUUCCAGCACCCACAUAAAGCUGUCCAAACACAGCUAAAGUGUAGACUUCUCAACUUCUCUCUAAGCUUUCCCCUAAGUUCUUCUUAUAGACUCCCCCCAAGUCUUUCCCACCAUGGACUUCUGAAAUUUCUGUUGUGGAAAGUCAACCCUCCUCCCUCAUUCUCCUUAGGGAAGCUGGAAGGUUCUCAAGGUUCUGCUAGAGAAUUUGGGGAUAGCACACGAAAGUAAAUCCAAGAACCUGACCAGGCUGAAAGCGAUCCUCUGUGGCAGGAAGAAUUUGGGGAGCCCGUUCCCAACUACAGCUUCACCCUGCUCUCCCUGCUGAACCCACAGAACCUCUCCUGCUGUCGGGUCCCAUGACCUAAUCAGCACCCAAAUGCAGACGUGGGUGGGGCUCGGCGCUGAGGGGAGGUAUGGUCUGGUGUGGUUUCUCUCCUUUUUCUUUACUCAUCCAGUUCCUUCGACUGUUCGGGCAUUCUGGUCUCUGAGCUGCAGGCUCCCGCGCACACAGAACACACGCACCUGGUGCCUCAGGGAGGAAGCCAUCUUUGUGGAUCAGCACACUUGUUGGGAUCAAACCAUGGCCAAAGCUGAAUAUUUCUUCUGGACUACUCCUGACAAUAUGACGUGGGAUGACUUUGAGAAAAAAUUUGGAAAUAUCAGCGGAACGCCACCCACUGGAGAUUAUUUCAGCCCUUGUAAGAGGGUUCCAAUAACCAACAGGCAGGCUCUAGUUGUCUUUUAUGCGCUGGUGUCCCUGUUGAGCUUGCUGGGAAACUUGCUGGUGAUGCUAGUUAUCUGGUACAGGCGAAGGAGCUGCUCUGUUACCGACGUCUACGUGCUGAACCUCGCCGUGGCCGACCUUCUCUUCUCGUUGACCCUGCCCUUCUGGGCUGUCUCCAAAUGGAAAGGCUGGAUUUUUGGCACUCCUCUGUGCAAGGUGGUCUCACUCGUGAAGGAAGUCAACUUCUUCAGUGGUAUCCUGCUACUGGCCUGCAUCAGUGUGGACCGAUACCUGGCCAUCGUCCAUGCGACACGCACACUGACCCGAAGGCGCCACUUGGUUAAGUUCCUAUGCCUGGGCAUCUGGGGUCUGUCUUUGAUUCUGUCCCUGCCCUUUGCCAUUUUCCGCCAGGCAUAUACACCCUACAGUUCUGCCACAAUCUGCUACGAGGUCCUGGGUGAGGCCACUACAAAUUUCCGGAUAAUGUUGCGUGGCCUGUCCCACACAUUCGGCUUCCUCCUGCCACUGCUGGUCAUGGUGUGCUGCUACGGGUUCACACUGCGCAUGCUCUUUAAGGCCCGCACGGGGCGGAAGCAUCGGGCGAUGUGGGUCAUCUUCGUUGUUGUGCUUGUCUUCCUGCUCUGCUGGCUGCCCUACAACCUGGUCCUGCUCUCGGACACUCUCUUAGGAACCGGCUGGAUUGAGGACACCUGCAAGCGCCGCAACGACAUUGACCAGGCCCUGUAUGUCACCGAGAUCCUGGCCCUUUCUCACAGUUGCCUCAACCCCGUCAUCUAUGCCUUCGUUGGCCAACAUUUUCGCCACGAGUUCCUCAAGAUCCUUGCCAACUGCGGCCUGGUUCGCAAGGCGUUCUUGACACAUUGUCAUGCUGCCUUUCACGCAUCUCACACUGUCUGUUAAACCUCUGGAAAUAACCAGAGAGUAAUAAUAUUUCUCUCUCAAAGGAGAGAAUAACCAUCGUGCUAAUGUGCUGUGCUGUGUGUGCGCGCACGCGUGCGUGCAUGCGUGUGCGUGUGCGUGUGCGUGUGUGUGUGUGUGUGUGUGUGUACAGUAUGGCUGUGGGCUGCCUUUAUACUUCCAUGAGAAAGAACGCCAGCAUCUCUCUUGAACACAUCUGUCUUUAACUUGUGAUCUGGGUGAUCAUCACGGUCACACCUGUAGCCUAACUCCAUUAGAACAAAGAAGGGCAGCUUGCAUCUACGUUAGCCCUCAUGGGCCAGACUUUCUCCUCGGAACACCACCCUGACCGCGCGCGCAGCACAUUCCAGCAGGCUGUCUAGUAACUCUUUGUCCUGUGAUCUGAGCUCAUGAAACUGUUUUCCCAUCUUGGGGGGAUGUUGCAAUGCCUGCUGAGGACAUCGGUCAGGUGCUGCUGAAGCACCCAGCCACCAGGCGGCCUUGUGAUGGAGCGAAGAAUAUCUUCCCUGUGGAUGUCAUGGGUGGACAAAGGGUGUUUGGGAAACCAGGCCUAGUGCGUGAGAAUCCCCCUGACCUCGUGACCAGCGUCACGGAGGGGGAUGGGGGUGUUAGGUACCAGCUGAGCCAAGGGUGGGGCAAGACUGGCCGCUGUGACUUCUGCCCUCUUGGCACUUUGGGUUUUGACAGGGACCAACAGCAACUUUAUAAACCCAAAUACAGCUGUCAAUCAGCUGGGCAGGGAGCUAUUUCCAAUAAAAUUUCUGUUCCGUGUU